UCAUCAUCUGAAGCUGGGGUGGAGAGCUGAGCAGCGGUCAGCGUGUGCGCAACUACUGGAGGAGCUAAAUAUAUCGCAAGACUGUUUCAUCAUAUAACCUACCAGACGAUCAAACCUCGCAAUCUGUGUAUUGUUCGAUUCGAAUGCAACAAACGCAACCCAAUUCAACCCAGCCCUCCAACGACCAACAUAUGACAAUAUCAACCCCAGCAUCAACUCAUAUAUCAACACGAUUCUCCACCAACAACACACCUCCCAGCCUACCACUGCACUAAGAGUCUGAGCAACCAUCCAUCACAUCCACUAAGUUACUAGAACCCACCACCACCACCACCACCACCAAAGCUGCUCGUGGAGAAAAGCGCCGCCCCCCCCAAAAAUGGCAGGCGUCCGCAUCUACCGACGCCGGCGCUACCACUGGCCCGAACUCCAGCUCAACAUCUGGUUAAUCAUCGUCUUAUCCGCCAACGCCAUCUGUCUGGGGAUCUUCGCCUGGUUCAUGUCCGUCCAGAACGAGCUCCAUCUGGAUAUCCCAUGGCUCUUCCCCUACAUGACCGUCACCUCCGCCCUCGGCCUCUUCUUCAUCAUCCUAAUCUACGUCCUCACGGCCCAACGCUUCCUCCUCCCGGGCAUCAUCCUCGUGGGCAGUUUCAUCCUCUUCGCCCUGUGGCUGACCGGGUUGAUCGAGACGAGCCUGCAGAUGUACGGCGUCGUCGCCAACGUCGACAGCAACUGCCGGAAUUUUAUCCUCGUGAAAAACCACCCCACCGGCGAUAAUCUCCAGACCUUGGCGUGGUUGACCGAGAGUACGAUCUGUAAUUGCUGGAGAACGGCGUUUGCGUUCGAAUUGAUUAAUACCAUCUUCUAUGCGUGGAUGAUGAUCAUGUCGUGGCAGGUGCAUAGGGAUAUUUAUCGAUGAUUUUUCUUUAUUUUUUAUGGUUCCUU